AUUCCGGUCGUGAGUACUCGAGGGAUAGUUUCUUUCCGAUCAUUGUCAAGAGUGCAGUAAACGCAUUGUUGUAAUAUUAGUUACAUAUUCAUCUAACGGUCUUAUUCAACAAAUACAGGAUACUAAUUAACUGAAUAUACUAAUUCAACUAUUAUGGAUCACUGCGCAUCAGUCAUCAAUAUGCUGAAACUGUUCUUCGUAAUCGCUAUUUUGACGACAUUGGUGAAAUCUGAGGAUGAUUUGGAGGAAAUCGGAUGGAUCUGUCCAUCAAUCAAUCAAUGGGGCAACUGUAGUUACCCACCUAAUAUUCCACAAUUAUUAAGAAUGAUGGAAGUUGACACCAAUAAUAACAGAUUUACUGACGUAUACUUUUGCCCAUACAAUAUCGUGAAACGGCACGCCAUUUGUAUACAAACGUACUAUGAGAAUUGUUAUGAGCAUUUGGCGAUUGAAGAUAAAAAUUUCUUAUCGACGAAUUUGCCAAAGAUUGACGAGCCGAAUUUCUGCGCCACUGACCGGGCUUACAAGAAAGAAUUCAUAGAACACAUGGCUUGUUUGAGAGGACUGAUAAAUUCCAACGAUCAUUUGGAAGCACCGCUCCAGCAAUUGCAGCAGUAUCUGGAACAGGACAUGUUGAAAUACGAACAGAUGAAAAAGGAAGAGCUGAAAAGUGAUUUGAUAGACGGCAUUGGAAUCCUGCGUGUUAGGUUUGAACAAAUGAAAUGCCAAUAUUUCAAACAGUAUAUGCAGUUACACUACAUGCAAAUGCGUUCAGUUUGCGGAUCGAAGACAGAAAAGUUUUUCCGCCUACUGUUGGGCAACAUAUGGCCCGCGUCGGUUAUACCGAAAAAUUGUGACAGCACUUUAUUACACUUUAAAUUAUGAUGCGUUAUUCAGUCAUAAUCAAAUAAAUCAAAAAUAUCGGCUCAUCAAUGGCGGCUGAAGCCACUGCUUUUUAAAUUUAUAUAAUUUCCUUAUCGUUUAUUAAUUUAUAUUUACAGGUUAUAAAUAUUAACUCAAAUUUUAAUAUAAGUACAUAUUUUUUUCCAA